UAUAUUUUACACAUAGUUUAAUCCGCCGUGUCCCCGGUAAGCUAUUUUUUUCCCCCUAGGAUGGGGAAGUCAUUUUUACAUUUUGAGCAGUCGUUUUAGCUCACUGAUAAAGUUAGGGUUAGAAUUAGAGUUAGGGUUACGUUAAGAUUAUGGUUGGACAUAAAAUGAUUUUGGACAGGAUUAGGGAAAGGCUGUAGAGAAUGAAUGUAAGUCAAUUGGGUCAUGCCUUCGCCAUCUUAGUUAAAAACAUAUCAUCCUUCGGUAGCACCCCCAGUCAAGAGCGUUUCCUGAAGAAAGCCAGGGUGACAAAAACCCCUCAGAAAUGAAGACAGUCAGAAAUAACAUAAACCAGUUAUAAUUUAUGGCGCAUGCGUGGUGCGUAUUGGAUGAUGGGAACCUUUGGAACCGACUGACAAGGCUUUAUUACUAAGGGCUGCAUAACUAAGUUGUUAAGUUUACCAGCACUGAGAUAUGUCAGCAGUCAGAUUUGCAGAGACAGAAAAAAGCGAGGACGGGAUGUCAUUAGAGAAGUUCAGAAAAGAGGAGACUCUUGCAAAGAGAAAGAAAUGGAUCGGACACUCCUGCAGACUGUUUUAUUCAGACGACCCGGUGAAAAUAGUCAGAGCGAGAGGCCAGUACUUAUUUGACGAAAACGGCUCACGAUAUUUGGAUUGCAUCAGCAACGUUCAUCACGUGGGACACUGUCACCCCAGCAUCACCCAGGCUGCAGCGUCCCAGAUGGAGCUUCUGAACACAAACACACGCUUCCUACAUGACAACAUAGUCCUAUAUGCAGACCGCCUUGCUGCUACCCUGCCUGAGAAACUGUGUGUCUUCUACUUUGUCAACUCUGGUUCAGAGGCCAACGAUCUUGCACUACGCCUGGCCCACGGGUACACCCAGCAUGAAGACGUCAUUGUGCUUGACCAUGCAUACCACGGGCAUCUUACGUCCCUCAUCGACAUUAGUCCGUACAAGUUCCGGAAACUGGCAGGGCAGAAGGAAUGGGUUCAUGUGGCACCCUUACCGGACGUCUACAGGGGCAUGUUCAGAGAGAACCACCCCGACCCAGCCCAGGCGUAUGCUGACACUGUAAAAGAAGUGAUAGAGGAGGUGCACAGGAAAGGUCGUAAGAUCUCUGCUUUCUUCGCUGAGUCACUGCCAAGUGUUGGAGGACAAAUCAUUUUACCCCAGGGAUACUCUACCAAAGUUGCAGAAUAUGUGCGCUCAGCCGGUGGAGUGUACGUUGCAGAUGAGGUGCAAACAGGCUUUGGGCGUGUGGGAAGUCACUUCUGGGCUUUCCAGAUGCACGGAGAGGAUUUUUGUCCUGACAUAGUGACCAUGGGCAAGCCGAUGGGCAAUGGACACCCUGUGGCUUGUGUGGCAACCACAGCAGAGAUAGCUGCAGCAUUUACAGCCAACGGAGUGGAGUACUUCAAUACGUUCGGAGGGAAUCCAGUGUCUUGUGCAAUUGGCCUGGCAGUUCUCGAUGUGAUGGAGAAAGAAGACCUAAGAGGGAACGCCAUGAGAGUGGGAGCACAUCUGAAAGGCUUGCUGAGGAAGCUACAAACACAGCAUCAAAUAAUUGGUGAUGUCCGAGGGGCAGGGUUGUUUGUGGGCAUAGAGCUGGUGACAGACAGAGAGCAGAGGACUCCUGCCACAGAAGCAGCAUCGCGGCUGGUGAGGAGGCUGAAAGAGGAGGAUCGAAUCUGUGUCAGUACAGACGGCCCCUGGGAGAGCGUUGUGAAGUUUAAACCUCCAAUGUGCUUCAGUAUGGAGGACGCAGAGCUGGUGGUACAGUGCAUUGACCGCAUCCUCACAGACAUGAAGACCCAAUGACCUUAAACUGGAAAAUGAAGACAUUUAAGACUUGAGUCAAUGCCAAUUCAGGAUAUUCAUUUUUGGAGACAAGGUGAGAACCUUGAGAAGCAUGCGGUUUCUUCUCCCUUGAUAUCCAGGCCAAUUGAGGGUAUCUGCACUUAAACUGGAAUCGUCCUACUGGAAAUUGAAUGACCGCUGCAGUGGAUCGUGACAUACCACGUGGGAGACCAUUAACACAAGAAAUAAAUAACACUAUUAGGCUUUCAGAUACAUUUCUCAAAGAUAAAAAUCAAUAAACAUUUUAUUCAC